AUGCAGCUCUUUUCCAGUAUCAUGAGUUUUCUAUCAGCUCUGUGGAUAACUGGGUUCCGCUGCGCAACAAGUAAAGCUAAUCCAAUUACCUGCAGGCUAUGGACUGACCCUCAGUUGCCUGGGAUUUUUAUGAAUGGAGAUUUUGUGAUUGGAGGGAUUUUCACUUUUCAUCAUUAUACAAAAACAGAGCAAAUUACAUACACCAGGUUGCCAUCCCAAACACAGUGCUAUGGCAUUGACUUCAGGGAAGUUCGCUUUGCCCGUGCCAUGGAGUUCACCAUCCACGAGAUCAACAGCAGAACAGAUCUCCUCCCGGGCAUUAAGUUAGGCUAUCAGAUACAUGACUCAUGCUCUACUGUGCCAAUGGCAAUCAGAGUUGCAUUUCAGCUUGCAAAUGGUUUUGAGCCAGUGUUCAAUGAAACCAGUUCUUGUUCUGAAUAUGCAGCAGCCACUGUGCCUGCUAUCAUAGGAGACUCUGCUUCCACACAGUCAAUCAGCAUAGCCAGAAUGCUUGGUCUUUUUGGAAUUCCACAGGUGAGUCACUCUGCGACCUGCGCAUGUCUGAGUGAUAAGCAUCAGUUUCCUACCUUCUUUAGGACCAUACCUAGUGACCAACAUCAAGCAGCUGCACUGGCAAGAAUGGUCAAGCAUUUUGGCUGGACAUGGAUUGGAGCAGUUCGUAGUGACUCAGAUUAUGGAAAUAAUGGAAUGGCAUCAUUCUUAAAGGCUGCGCAAACAGAGGGGAUCUGUGUGGAAUUUUCCGAGGCUUACUACAGGACACAGCCACGUAGUAAACUGGAGCGAGUGGCAAAUGUCAUUCGGAGAUCCACAGCCCGGGUUAUAAUAGCAUUUAUGCACACAGGGGACAUGAAAUUUCUCUUAGAAGAGCUGGCACGACAGCCACCACCUCCACUUCAGUGGAUUGGAAGUGAAGCAUGGAUCACAGAUCCUGAUAUUUUGAAGUAUAACAUGUGCGCUGCUGCAAUAGGGUUUGGUGUUCCCCAGUCAGUUAUUCCUGGCCUUCGUGAGUUUCUUCUAGACCUCACUCCAAGCAAAGCAUUACAAUCACCCCUGUUAACAAAAUUUUGGGAGAGCUCAUUCAGCUGUAACCUUAAAGGUCUAACAGGUGUCUCAGAAGUCAUGCAGGAAUGUGAUGGCAGUGAGGACAUUCACACACUGCAGAACCCAUACUUAGACACGUCUCAGUUGCGCAUCACUAACAUGGUGUACAAAGCAACAUAUGCCAUAGCACAUGCCAUCCAUGAUCUGAUUUGUAAUGGCACCCAAUGUGAUAAAACCAUUCAAUUUUCACCAUGGCAGGUUCUCAAUCAACUCAAACUAGUGAACUUCACUACAAAUAAUGGUUUUUGGGUCUCGUUUGAUUCGAAUGGAGACCCUCCAGCUGUCUACGAACUCAUAAACUGGCAGUUUAAGAAAAAUGGUGCUUUGGAUUUUGUCACAGUGGGCCAGUAUGACUCAUCUAAACCAAGAGGACAAGAGUUCAGAAUGAGCAAAAAUAUCAGCUGGGUUGGAGGACAGACUGAGGUGCCAGUGUCUGUGUGCAGUGAGAGCUGUCCUCCAGGCACCAGGAAAGCUGUACAGAAGAGAAGGCCUGUCUGCUGUUUUGACUGUAUACCAUGCGCUGAAGGAGAGAUCAGUAACAAAACGGAUUCACUGGAUUGUUUUCGCUGCCCUCCUGAGUUUUGGCCCAAUGCCAAGCAAGACAGCUGCCUCCCAAAGCCUGUUGAGUUCCUCUCCUGGGAUGAAACUCUGGGCAUCAUCCUAACUGUCUUCUCCAUCGCUGGGGCCUUCAUAGCUGUGUGUGUAGGUGCUGUCUUUUACAAACACAGGACCUCUCCUAUUGUCAGGGCCAAUAACUCAGAACUCAGCUUUCUGUUGCUCUUCUCUCUGACUCUGUGUUUCCUCUGUUCACUUACUUUCAUUGGUCGGCCCUCUGAGUGGUCCUGUGUACUGCGCCACACAGCAUUUGGGAUCACCUUUGUCCUCUGCAUCUCCUGUGUUCUGGGAAAAACAAUAGUGGUGUUAAUGGCUUUCAGGGCUACACUUCCAGGUAGUAAUGUCAUGAAAUGGUUUGGGCCUCCACAACAAAGACUCAGUGUGAUUUCUUUUACUCUCAUACAAGUCCUUAUUUGUGUGCUUUGGUUGAAAAUAUCACCUCCUUUCCCCUUCAGAAAUCUAAAGCACUACAAGGAAAAAAUAAUCUUAGAAUGUGGCUUAGGUUCAGCUAUAGGAUUCUGGACUGUGCUCGGAUAUAUAGGAUUCCUUGCAAUUUUGUGCUUUAUUUUAGCUUUUCUAGCACGGAAGUUGCCUGAUAACUUUAAUGAAGCCAAAUUCAUCACAUUCAGCAUGCUUAUAUUUUGUGCAGUUUGGAUCUCCUUUAUUCCUGCUUAUGUCAGCUCUCCUGGAAAAUUCACUGUAGCUGUUGAAAUAUUUGCAAUUCUGGCUUCAAGCUUUGGUUUGAUUAUUUGUAUUUUUGCUCCCAAAUGUUUCAUAAUUAUUUUUAAGCCAGAUCAGAAUACCAAGAAACACAUUAUGGGUAAGGCAUAUUCAAAAGAUCACUGAGAUCAUCACACGAAUAGUAAACAUAACAUGAAGAUCCAGAAACUUGGGGUGUUUUCACACUUGGUCCAUUUCAGUGUGCCAGGUGGUCUCAGCAUUUUUUUGUGCAUAUGUGAAUACAACAAAUGAACUUAGACACCACUUAAGUGACCCACAUAAGCCACAGAAUCAAAAGAACCAUACUCAGACCACCUUCAGAGGUGGUCUGAGUAUGGCUCUUUUGUGAAGGUGGUCUGAGUAUGGUUCUUUGUGGUCCUUUUUUGGUCCACUUGAUUUGUGCAUUGUGGAAACAAAGUGGUCGCAGUCAGCUUCACAUUUUGCUUUAUAGAUAAAGAACUUGAGGGUUGAUGAAUAUACAUAGCACCAGUUUUCUCUCGCCUAAAACAACUCAAAUGACUUUCCGCGGGGUCGUGUGGUCCCACAGUAAGGUCAGCAUCUUAGGGAGCAACAUGACAGAUGGGCUAAUAGAACCACUGUGGCAGUUGCAAUUAUAUGAUAGAGCUUAAGUUGUUAGGCAGCAGUAAUAGUAGUAUUGUAUCAGUGUAGUAAUAAUACUAUUAGUAUAAAGUAUGUGUGUAAUAUAUGUAGUAUAUGCAACUAUUUUUUCUACCCCAACCACCCACAUAAGCUAAACAGUCAAUAGCUCUAUGACAUGAAGCAUGAGUUGAUUUUGAUGGUUCAGCAUCAAAAAUGGCUUCUGGUAUUUUACUCCAAAUUUGUUUUGCCUGCUGUGUAUUUCAUCCAAACCAUAGCAUUUCAGCUAUGGUGAAAUCAUGAAAAGCAACCAUUUUGAAUGACACUUCAGUGUUACCCAGCUAUUACACUGUGGUAAAAGACUCAUGGUGUGAACAAGUGGUCUGAGAUCUCAUCAAUGCUAAAAUUUCCAGAAAAAGAACUGAGUCCUCUUUCGAGUCCACUCAUAUUGUCAACACCAACAGCAUUGAGACUAUUUGCAGCUAGUUCCCCGUCAGGUUCUCUUUAACAGGAGUAUGGUACAUUUAAAAAGAAUUAUGAAAACACACAUAAAACAGAAGAAUAAAUAAAAUACAGUGGGUUAUGAUUCAUACUACAUUACCUUAUACACUGUAUAUGGCAUGUAUAGAGUCAUUGAGUUUUACACUCCUUUUAUGUCUUCCCCAUUACUAAAAAUUAAUACUAAAAUAAAAUUAACCUAUAUACAAAUAUGUAUUUAAGAUGUUUAUGAUUGCUUUAAUAAAUCAAAUUACCAAGGUGCUGAUUUGAAUUCCCCAUUCCAUUCUAUAUCAGCUAUGAAAUUGUACUUGUCUCUUUAUGAGCAGUUGUUGUGCUUUUUUUCUUGUAUUUGAGUGUACAAAAUCCAAGGCAAAGGCUGUCCACACACUGAAGGAAAACUAGACUACAAACGCCUAUCAAAAUAUAUAUUUAUUAUUUUAGAUUUGCAUAAUGAAAAAAUCCAAAGAUCAGUGAGUUACAGCAGACCAGUGAGCAAACGUUUGAGACCAUAGCUUUCUUCAGUGUUCACUUAACAAACAACAGUUCAUCCUUUUACAGACACCACAAGGUUGUGGUGCAGUUUUUGUGUUUUUGUGGUGUAUUUCUAUACUAUAUUUUCUCUGAAAUGAAGAGUUUCUCUUGAUCAAGCUCAG